ACCAAGAAACAGAUGGGGAGAAUCUCUCUAAGAACGUACUUGAAACUUCUCAAAGGACUCCAACAAUGCUGCCUCUUCCUGGUUUGGUGGACAAACUGAUCAAAAGCCCUUCUAAGAGAGGCUGCAACUGCAUGUGUGCUGAUACUAAGACAAAGUUAAUGGAGAACUUGUGGCAAGCCCGAAACAUUGUAAGAGACAGUGGAAUACUACAUCGGCUCAGUAAGGAACAGCUAAAGCUUCAAGAGCAUCUGUAUGAGGUUGUUACAACUGAGCAGUCCUAUCUUCAGAGCUUGACGGUGGCUGUGGAGCAUUUUCAAGAAUCUUCAGUGCUGAAAGACGCUUUGGCACCAAGAGACAGAAAGUCAUUGUUUUCUAGCAUUGCAAAGAUCAAAGAGAUCAGUCAAAGCUUCAUGGAUGCGAUGCUGUUGGAGAUGGCCUCAAGUGUGUUCUGCGACAUAAUCUGUGAUGUUGUACACCAAUAUGCUCUUGGACCCUUUGAUGCUUAUAUAAAUUACAUCCGUAAUAUGCCCUAUCAGGAGCAGACAUUACACAACCUUGGAAAAGAGAGUCCUCAGAUUGUGGAGAUCUUGCAUAAACUACAGGAAGACCCUCGAUGCAACCGCCUUCCCCUCAAAUCUUUCCUUUCACUGCCAUUUCAGAGAAUCACACGGCUUAAAAUCCUAAUGGAGAAUAUCCAGAAGAAGGCCGUUCCAGGGUCAGACUGUGAGGCCUCAGCAUUGAGAGCUCUGACGGAGAUCUCCAGGCUUCUAGAAGCUUGCAACUGGCAGGUGGGGAGAAUGAAACAGAUGGAAGAAAUAGUGCAGAUUGCUAACAAGAUUGAGUUUGCAUGCAAGGCCCUGGCUCUUGUGUCCUCCUCCCGCUGGCUUGUGAAGCAGGGAGAUCUGGUGCAAAUCUUGUUGAAGGAAAACAUGUUUGGCCAGAGAAAACAGUGUCCUGUACUUCUGUUCCUCUUUAAUGAUCUGCUGCUGGUGGCCACCAGGAAAGGGUUGGAUCGUUUUGUAGUUCAUGACUACGUGCACCGCUCUCUGAUAGAAGUGACCAAGGGCAAAGAUCUGGAGGAGGAGCUGGAGGGAUGUGAGCUGGACCGGAUAUUUAGGCUCGUCCUUUUGCAUAAUCACCGGAGCGCCACCUCUCAACUCCUACUGCAAACAAAUUCAGAAGCUGAGAAGGACUCGUGGAUGCAGCUCCUGGGUGGACAGCGAGAUGGACAGGAUACCGUGUAUGAAGAGUGGGACUGUCCUCAGGUGCGAUGUAUAGAGGUGUACAGUGGACAACAACAAGGGGAGCUUAGUCUACAGCUGGGAGAUAUGAUCAACGUCAUGCAGAAGACUUCAGAGGGGUUUCUGGAAGGCCGCAGGGUACAGGACGGACAGCGGGGCUGGUUCUCCGCUGCAUGUGUUGUAGAGAUCACCAAUGAACAUGUGCAGAGACGUCAUCUUCGUCAGCGGUAUCAUGUCCUACAGACAGCCACACGCCUGCUGAAACAACGCAGUGGGGUCCUUGAACUUCCAACCACAAAAUGCUUUAAAUAAGAGAUUGUCUACAUUGCAAUUUGCAUUUUUUCACUUACUGACUUAAAAUAAAUGAGUAAAUAAUUAUAUGUACAAUCUAUGUAUAAUUUAACUGAACUACUGCCAGUUGGUCAGUUGGUCUUUUGGUCUUGGUUUAUAUAUAUUUUAUGUGUCUGGUUUUACAGAACAACUUCAAACAUCUCUGCAUGGGAUUUAAGAAACACUGAAACUACUUUCUAUGGUUUGCAACAAAUAAUGUGGUCAGUAUUUAUUCUUGCUCCAGCUUGCAAAUGUGGACUUUUUUUUUUAUUUAUUUUAUUUUUUAGGUAGCCUAAUGUACUGUGCAUGUCAUGCUUAUUCCCUUCUGUUAUUUUUCAUUCUGUUUAAAUACAUUUUGUAAUAUAAUCCAUAUCCCUCUAUUCCAUUUUUGUCAGUUUUUGGUCAUUUGACACCUCAACUUUCCACACU